GUUUUCGCCGUAUUUGGAGAUGGAUAGAGGGGCUUUCCCUCCUUGUUCGAAGAGGAGGUGGUGGAGGUGAUACGUGAUUGAUCCCGAUUCCGAUUAGGGUUCGAUCUCCUCUCUAUCUAUUGUUUCUCUCAUGCCCUUUUCUCUUUAUCCUCUUGAGAAACUUUCCUCUACAUUCAAGGAUUAGGGCCUAGCAAGGCAUAGAUGAGUGUGGCGAAGGCAGGAAGCUCAGGGGAGUGUAAUGGGGGCGCAGAGCCUCCUGAUCCUGAUAUUCUUGAAAUUGACCCAACUUGUCGCUACAUUAGGUUAUAGGGCAUUUGAUGAAGUCAGUGGACUUGAAGUGGCCUGGAACCAGGUUCGGAUUGAUGAGGUGCUGCAGUCACCCGGUGACUUGGAAAGGCUCUACUCAGAGGUGCAUCUCUUAAAGUCACUGACAAACAACAACAUUGUAAAAUUCUACAAUUCCUGGAUUGAUGAUAAGAACAAGACUGUCAACAUCAUUACUGAAUUGUUCUCCUCGGGCAGCCUCAGACAGUAUCGUAGGAAGCACAAGAAGGUUGACAUGAAGGCUCUCAAAGGAUGGGCAAGACAGAUUUUGAUGGGUUUAAACUACCUCCAUAAUCACAACCCACCUAUUAUACAUAGGGAUCUGAAGUGUGAUAAUAUAUUUAUCAAUGGAAACCAAGGUGAAGUUAAAAUUGGAGAUUUGGGGCUGGCAACUUUCUUGGAACGGACUAAUGCUGAGAGUGUGAUUGGAACCCCUGGAUUUAUGGCACCUGAGCUGUAUGAUGAAAAUUACAAUGAAUUGGCCGACAUAUAUUCUUUUGGAAUGUGCAUGCUUGAGUUGGUGACUUCUGAAUACCCAUAUAGUGAAUGUAAAAACUCAGCUCAGAUAUACAAGAAGGUUUCAUCGGGUAUAAAACCUGCUUCACUUUCUAAAGUCAAAGAUCCAGAAAUGAAAUUAUUUAUUGACAAAUGUCUAGUCCCAGCGUCUCAAAGAAUGUCGGCAAAGGAGCUUCUAAUGGACCCUUUCCUUCAAAUUAAUAGUUUGGCAAGAAAUCGUCGUCUAUCAUUACCCGAUAUUGUUAUCCCUAAAUUUGGAGCCUUUGGAGAUCGUAUUCUUGUUUCAGAAGGCCCUGCUACUCAACGUAAUGGAUCAAAUUCUCUGGAUCUUGAUGAGACUUGUGAAUUACCUGUGAUCACUAUAUAUGAUGGUUCCGGUGAUGCUUCACAUUCUCCAUGUGUUGAGAUACGGAAGUCGAAGAGAGGUGAUAUUUUCACUCUAAAAGGUGAAGAAAGUGAUGAGAAUUCUGUAUCAAUAGUUCUUCGGAUAGCUGAUCAAGGCGGUCGAGCGAGAAAUAUUCAUUUCCUAUUCUACCUUGAUAGUGAUACUGCUAUUUCCGUUUCAAGUGAAAUGGUUGAGCAACUCGAACUUUCAGAUCAAAAUGUACAGCUCAUAGCUGAGUUGAUAGACUUGUUAUUGAUUAAUUUGGUUCCCAAUUGGAAACCUUGUGUAGAUAUUGCUCACUUGGUUUCACGAAGUUGUAAAAGAACUAUUGCUGGAGAAAAAGAUUUGGAAUCGGCAAAACUAAAACAACUUUAUGAAGAUUCCAUGCAAAAUAUUACUGAAGAGAGAGGUAUCUCACACUCAAUCAGAAGGUCAGUUUCAUCAGAAAUCCAUUAUCACUCUAACUUGGGUGAAUUUUCAUCCCCUGCCAACAUAGAUGUGGGAAAUACAAUUAAAAUAGAUGAUUUGUGUUCUAAGAUUUCACGUGUUUCUAUAACAUCUGACGUUAACGAUAAGAAGUUGUCUUUAGUUUCAUUUUUAUCGGUGGAGUCAGCAUUUAAUGACUUCAACUUGUCGAGAGUACCAGGUGAAUCUGAGUGCUCUUUUAUAUCUACAAUGGAAGCAUGGCCUGAUACUCGUAGAAGUAAGACUUCAGAAUUAGGAAGUCAUGAUAUGUUGAACUUCCCAACCCAUUCUAGUAGUCCUUCUUUAUCUAAUGUAGAAGAUGGGUUGAAAAUAGAGUUAGAUAUAAUUGAACAGAAAUACUUAGAGACAAUUAAGGAAGCAUCAAGAAUAAGAUCUCAAGCCAUCAUGGAGGCCAGAAGAAGGUCAUUACAGAAGAAGAUCUAAUCAUGAAAUAAUUUCAGUAGUCAUUUAGGUAGGAUUUUCCUUGACGACCAGUUAGCAUAUGUAUUUUGGUUCACACCUUUUAGGUGUAAGUGUAAAUAGUGUACCUUGAAUUGGAAUUAUAUUGAUUUUGAUUAGUUUUUGAAUAGAAAUAGACUCAUUCUUU